UUUAGCAGCGCAUAGACAACAUUAAACGCAACGUCGACAAGCAAGCAGUCCACAUAAACACCAAGCGGCAAUUGUGGCAGCAGAGAGGGUUAAGGAAGCUUUCGAAUACAUAACGACAUACAAAUAUAUAUAUAUAUAUAAAUAAAUAUUUUUCGCUAGUCAGUUAUGUUGCAAUAUAUUAGCACAAUAAAAUUAAUAUUGUUGUUGCUGCUUACGCAAGUGUUGGUCAGUAAUACCAUUGAGCUGCUGGAACAGAAUAGCAAUGAACUUUUGGAACUAAAGGAAACAAACUCAACCAAAAAAGUAAAUGAAACUAUUCCCUCGACGGCUGCUAGCCAUGCGAUACCACGACAAUAUCCGCCACAAUUUGGUGGUCCCACCAGUGGCGGUGGCGGAUUUAACGGACUCGGCAACUGUCCGCUCUGCGAUGCUUCUGUUUAUAGCUAUUGUUCGCAGAAAAUGUUGCACGAUGACUGCUGUUGCGACUAUCCCGUGCCACAGCUUCGUCCUCCGCAAUGUUUCUACAAUGACUGUUCGCUGUUGUAUGCAAAAUCUUGUUACGAACAUUCGCUAAUCAAAAAUUGUUGCUGCUAUAACCCAUAUUAACUACGAAAAAUAUUGUUUAAUAUACUUAUGGUGGAAAUUUUA